AUGUUAGAGGUCUAUGCAUUUAAUGAUAAUAACAAUUGGAAAUCUAGUGGCCGUUAUCCAAACAAGUACUAUGUGAACCAAAUUCUAGCUGUACCGCUUAGAUUCUUAAUUAGUAGUGGUGGUGGUGGUGGUGGUAUUGAUAGUGGUAGUAGUUGUAGUCGUGGUGGUGGUGGUGGUGGUGGUGGUAGUGAUAGUAGUAGUAGCAAUGGUAGUGGUAAUAAUAGUGGUGAUAGUGGUGGUAGUAGUGGUGGUGGUAGUGGUAGUAGUAAUAGUGGUAGUAGUAGUAGUCCAACAGCCUCCAACAAAAGGGCUAGAGAGUCCGAUGAAAUGGGAGAAGAGUUUGGACAAGCACUCAAAGGUACCAAAUCUGUAUUCAAGACUAAGAACGAAGAGUUGGAUCGAGCUGUACUCAAGAUUCAACAGCUCAAUAAAACUUUGGAAUUGACCCUCGAGAUGAAGAGGGAAGCCCAUUUGAUUUCCGAGAUCCACACUUAUGAGCUUGAGAACACCAUUCAGAGGUAUAAGGAUGCUUUGGAUCGUGAGAAGUUGAGAAUCGAAGAGUCUGGAAGAGCUUGUUGA